AUGGCGGAGAGUGAAGAGGGACUGAGAGAAGGUAGUGAUAGUGAAGGAGAUUAUGACGAACAAAAAGAAAAUAUUGCAGAUAUAGAAAGAGAAAUCAUUCGUGGAGACGUUGAUGACUGGAUUCUUAACAUUUUUCAGGAGGACAGCGAUGACGAAGCUAAAUUCCUAGGCUUUCAGAGCGAAUGGACAUUUGAAAAUUUCCAUCAACGUCUUGGAAAUGUAUUCAGAAAAAUUGGUGGUGCAACAGUUGAGCAUCCGGAAGAGGUGUCAGCUGGACAGUACUUUGAAUUAUUUUGGACUAACAAACUUUUAGACAGAUUACCAGACAAAGGCGACUACUGGAUGAAAAACAAAUGGAUGUUUGUUAUAAAUUUCAACCGAGUGAUGUCCAAAGACAGAUUUUUCUUGAUCUGGAGAUACCUCCAUGUGCAGAAUAAUGAGAUUCAGCCAGACACACCCGACAAUCUGUGGAAGAUCUGUUAUCUCUGGGAGUUUCUAAAUAAAAAGUUCGGAGAAAUGUAUGUGCCCUAUGGGAACGCGACGGUAGACGAGAGCAUGAUAAAAUUUAGGGGCAGAUUCUCGUUUCAGCAAUACCUACCCCCAAAGCCAGUCAUAUGGGGAGUGAAAUGA